CAAGCGGCCUACUCUCUCAUCUCCCCGUUUUUGUCUUUUUGCUCGAUAGCAGCCUCAAGCCUUAUCCUACCUCAAUAGUCUUUAAUCAAGCGAGAAGAAAAGCAACAACAUUAUGGUUUUGCUCAAACCAGUGUCCACAGCCCUAGCCGUAUGGCUUGCAGUUGCUCACUUUCAAGUUUUGGAUGCUGCGCCGACGCCUCCUACAGCAGCAUCGCCGCCUGUAAAGCGUGCUCUGCUUUCAACGGCGCCUUUGGCGAGCGACAUUAGCGGAGCCCAUCUGCUUAUGGAGAACGAUGUCGACUCUUCCACAGCCAAACAUGCAUUCCUAUUGCUUUCAAAGCCAAGAGGAUACUAUGAUGGCAUGAAAGCCUGCUUGUCCAUGGGCGACGGUGGAUACAUCUUCAUCCCCGGGACAGCUGGUGCCAACAGCCUAGUAUCAUUACUGAAGAAGAAUGCGCCUGCGCAGGUGGAGGUAUCUGCUUACUCACAAUUCUGGGUCUACAACGGCAUACCCGGUGUGCUGGACAACUGCUUGGCAAUCAAUAAGCAAACUGGAAAAACUGACUGGAUUCCAUGUGAUACACAACUACCCACAGUCUGCUUCAACAGCGUGAUGCGUCGUGUACUCUUAUUUGAUGAUGCUUCUCGUCAAAUCAAGGUCAAUACGCCUGUAGGCCCCAUCCAAGGUUGGCGUGAUCAGAAUGCAUUCCGGUUCUUGGGAAUCCCUUAUGCUGAGCCACCUGUCGGAGAUCUACGAUUUGCCGCUCCUGUCGCCAAAGCUCCCUUCAAGCAAACUUGGGAUGCAAUCCGCUACAAGGGCGUUUGUCCUCAAACCACUCAAUCUGCAGGAUUUAUUCCUAUGCUUCUCAGCUACCUUGAAAACGGAGCGGGAGAAAGUGAGGAUUGUCUUAAUUUGAAUGUUUAUACUCCUAGUUUAAAGGGCCCUAAUGAACCUUUGUUGCCAGUGAUGUUCUACCUCCACGGAGGAGGAUUUACUACUUAUUCUGGCUCGGUGAUCAUUUUUGAGCCCGGUAACAUGGUCUCUCGUGGAGGAGUCGUUGUUGUUACUAUUAACUAUCGUCUCGGUAUGCUCGGUUGGAUGGAAAAUGAAGCCGCAUGGUCGAGGUCGUCCAUCCCUGGUAACCAAGCUUUCCGCGACCAGAUCUUGGCUCUCCAAUGGGUGAAACAGAAUAUUGCAUCGUUUGGAGGAGAUCCCAAUCGAGUGACAGUCUUUGGUGAGAGUGCAGGUGCGACUAGUAUCCGUGCCUUACUUUCAGCUUCCUCUACUUGGGGGCUUUAUCAGAGUGUCAUCGCCCAGAGUGACCCCAUCAACAUCCCAUUCAAGCUUCCUUCGUCGGCUGCGCAGAUCACCAGCUACUUCAUGGAGGCUCUCGGCUGCGGUGUUACGGAUCUAGUUUGCGCUCGUUCCAAAUCUGUGGAUCAAGUCUUGGAGGCGCAGACCAUUGCCAAUGCAAAGGCACUUGUAGAUGACAAAUGGACUACUUGGGCCCUUGUGCAGCGACCUACGAUUGAUGGUCAACUUAUCCCUGCCGAGUUCUCGCAACUGGUCAAGACAGGCAAAUACAACACCAAGGCUAAUGUCAUGUGGACCAGUACCAAGGAUGAGGCUGGUCUCUUUGUUCCUCAGUACUUCCCUAAUCCAGUCCCUGUAGCCAAUGCGUCAGCGGCUUUAGAGCUUUUUUUUGAUACCAACCGAGCUGCAACGAUCUUAGGCUCAGAGUACUUCCAACUCGACCCCAACGAUUCGGACGCAGUUCGUAAUCUUUUCACUCGUGCUGGAACCCAAUAUUACUUUUUCUGUCCCCUUCGCUACCUCAGCCGUCAGAUGACCAAGAACAAAAAGGUAUACAAUCUCCGAUUCAACCGUGGUCGUGAUACUCCUCUUGUUGGUGAGGGCUAUUGUUCAUCGAGCACAGGUCGCGUUUGCCAUUCCGCUGAUAUUCAACCUGUGUUUGCGAGCGGUGCUUCCAUCCCAGGAUUUUCACAAAAAGGAGACGAUGCGCGGUUCGCCCGCCAGGCUGUGGAUCGAUUCACAGCAUUUGCUAAGACCGGAGACCCCAAUCCCAAACCGGAUAUUCAAGGUGUUGAGGCAUCUAAUCCAGAUGUGACCAGCGUAAAUUGGACACCUUAUGAUGACGCCAAUCCAAUCCUUGAGCUGAAUGUUAAGAGCUCAAUGUCGCAGAACCUGGAGAACGAUGUCUGCAGCUGGGCUGACACAACCUUUCUAUAUGAUUUUUGGAUUAAGAUUCCCGGUAAUGCGCCUUAAAUAUUUGUCGAAUGCUAGACCAUAGUAUAUUCUUACGCAAACAUGCCUCCUUUCCAUCUCCCUGCCCGUCAGCCUACCUUUAUAGUCUUGGAGCAAUACCCCCUUAUCUAGUUGUAAAUAUUUUUUUAGUUCAU